GCUUGCUUGGUGCAGAGUGUCUUCGGCCUCGCGCGAUGCACGUCGCGUUGGGCUGAGGGCCGUUGGCUGGAGUCACCGUAGUUCGAAAUCCUCUUCGCUUGCGUUUAAUCCUCUUGCUCAAGCAUCGGUUCUCUCUGUCGAUUCGAUGGUCGUCAGACAACGCCGACUCGUAACAAUUGUUCUUAUUCAUGAAGCUCACAUCGAUCGCAUCUGAUCAGUGUGACACCACUGGCUAGUCGUUCCGAUUCACCAUGGCACUCAACGCGGUGCUCGAAGCGGACCUCCGCUCCAUUUCAGCCGAAGCCCGCCGGCGAUUCCCCGCCGUCAAAGACGCCGCGGAACGCGGAAUCCUCAAGCUGCGUUCUCUGGCAGGCCCAGAGGCCAUCUCGAAAAGCGAUGAGUUGCUGCGAAUCUUCCUGCUGGCGUGCGACACAAGACAGCCUCGGCUGUGCGCGUUGGGGUUGUCAUGCGUGCAGAAGUUGGUGGCUCACAAUGCCGUGUCCCCUACUGCCCUGCCUGACAUUCUGACCACGCUCAGAGAGCAUGCAGAGGGGUCAGAGGAGGCGGUGCAGCUCAAGGUGCUGCAGACAGUGCUGACUGUGCUGCAGUCGCAGCUUCACCCUAAAGAUGAGGAGAGCAUGGCCAUCAUUCUGGGCAUCUGUCUUCGCCUCGCAGGCAGCACACGGCAGCUGGACUGCGUGCACAGCACGGCCACCGCCACCCUGCGCCAGGCCAUAGCGCUCAUCUUCGACAGAGCUGCCAGCAGCGAGGGCCUGCCAGUGCAGUCCGCCCCCCGCCAGGCGAACCGCGUGUGGAACACGUCAGAGCCUGGGGAUAUCAGCCGCAUCGUCAUGGCUUCCAGGGCGACGGAGGGGGGGGGGGCGGCGAGGGGGGGAGGGGAGGAGUUGGAGACGGUGGUGCUGAAGGAGCGGGUGGAAGACCUCUCAGCAGCAGCUCGCAUGGGGCUCAGGCUGCUCGAGGACUUGGCGGCGCUGGCUGCGGGCCAACAGCCCCAGUGGCUGCAUGUGCCGUCGCUGCAGCGCACCUUCGCCCUGGAGAUGCUGGAGUAUGUCGUCUCGCACUAUGCCACCCUCUUCCGCCGCCUCACGCCCUACCAGCAGGUGCUCCAGCACAGGCUCUGUGCGCUCGUGAUGACGUCACUGCGCUCCACAGGCUCUGAGGAGGGUGACUCAGGCGAGCCGGGCUAUCGGCGGUUGGUGCUGCGGUGUGUGGCGACCCUUGUGCGGCAGCACCAUGCGCAGCUCACCACGGAGUGCGAGGUGUUCCUGCUGAUGCUCGUGAAGAGUGUGGACCAGGACCUGCCUCUCUGGCACCGCAUCCUCGUGCUGGAAGUGCUCAGGGGCUUCUGCGUCGAGCCAGGGACCCUUCAACUUAUAUUCACCAUGUUUGACAUGCAGCCCAGCAACAGCAACAUAGUGGAGGAGAUGACGCUGGCGCUCGCCCACGUCGUGCAAAGCCUGCAGGUGCCAGACGCCAAUGAGGAGAGCCUAGCUGCAGUGGCUGGCAUGUUCAGCAGCAAGGCCAGAGGUGUGGAGUGGUCCAUGGACUUUGACUGGGCGGGCAAUGCAGUGGUGGCGGCCAGUGAGGCGCAUGCCAUCACGCUCGCUGUGGAGGGGCUGCUGGGCAUUGUCUUCACCAUCGCGCUGCUCACAGACGAAGCCAUGGACGACUCACACGCGCAGCCAGCAGCAGCAGCCCUAUCCACCCCGGCAACAGCAAGGCGACCGCAGACCGUGUCACAGCAAGAGGAUGGCGUAGAAAAGCAGGCCAGUGGGGUUGCUGCUACAGAAGGUGCCUCAGAGGGUGGUGCCCCGCACAGAGAGGAGGGGUUGAUGGAGUCAGUGACCUCGUCACCACCCGUGGACCCUCCCUCUCCACCGCUGCCAGGGCAGCACCCCACCAUGCCGUCACAGCCCGACUCCCAUGCACCCUCGCCAGGCCUGUCUCGUGGGCUGCUGGCCCUGUUGGGCCGCAUGAAGGAAGAGGAGGGAGGGCGUGAGUGGGUGGAGCAAGGAGCGCAAACAGCGGGGGAAGCUGACGGGGAUGGGGAGGGCAGUAGUGGCAGUGGAGACAUUCGGGUGCGCAGCUCAUUGGAGGGGGUGUGUGUGCGGAUGGUGGAUGCUGUUUGGAAGACAGUCCUUGAUGCUCUCUCCAUCAUACUUGCUCGGUCACAAGGCGAGGCCGUCGUUUUGGAGAUUCUCAGGGCAUACCAGGCGUUCACCCAGGCAUGCGGGGCGUUGGACCUGGUUGAUCCCCGGGACGAGUUCCUGGCAUCCCUGUGUCGCUUCACCCUGGUGGCGCCAGUCACUCCGCCCAUCAGCACCAUGGCAGCACACGGGCAGCCCCCUGAUUCCGACCGCUUUCAAAUGCCCUCCUCCCCAUCAAGUUCGUUCCUCUCUCCAAUGAGGUCGCUGGAUGCUCUCCUGGGCACGGAGUCACGGGGAGACCUGCUGGCUUCUGCCAUGGGCUCUGCUGCUGGGCCCACCUCCGCAGCUGCCAUGGGGCAGGGCGUGCCUGUGCUCACCCCCAAGAACAUGCACGCGCUGCGCACUCUCUUCAACAUCUCCCAUCGCCUUUGCACUGUGCUCGGGCCAUCCUGGGAAUUGGUGAUGGAGACUCUGGCUGCUCUCGACCGCACCAUCCAUUCCCCAUAUGCCACCAGCCAGGAGGCGUCCACGUCAUCCUCAACGCCAGCAGCAGCAUCGCGCGGAUCCAAGGAGCUCACAGCCGCGCCCGCUUCCUCACAGCAAUCCGACUUCACCGUCCUUGCCACCCUUGAUGCGCAACUGUUCCAAAGCACAGCCCACAUGGACACAGCGGCCGUGCUGGCCUUGCUUGCAGCGUUGCGCGUGGUGUCCAACCGCGCCCUCCAUUCCGUCACCUCCGGCCUCGGCCUCGCCGCCUCUGGCUCCUCUGCCGCUGCUGCCGCCGCUGGCACAUCUGCUGCGGCGGCCGUGGCGUCUCCCCUCACCACGGGGCCGCUGCCCUCCACCCUCAAGAUGUUCGCUGUGGAGCGCAUGCUCUCCGUCCUCCUGCACAACAUGCACCGAAUGGAUCUCAUAUGGGAUGCCCUCCUGCUGCAUCUACUGGAGCUGUCGGCGCACGACAGUGCCCAGGUGCGUGCGGUGGCGGUGGAUGCCAUUGACCGCGCCGUCAUGGCCGCACUCUCAUCGCCCGCCCUGCACCGCCGCUCCUCCACCUCCUCCUCCUCCUCCUCCACUGUCACCAUGGCACGGGCUACUGAGGAGCAGCAAUGGGUGGAGGUGCAGGGGAAGGAGGAACGGGAGGGAGGCGAAGGGAGCGGGCAGGAGAAGGGGGAGGGCGAGGGAGAGGGAGAGGGCGAGGGAGAGGGACGGGAAAGGGUGGCUCUGGAGGAAAUGGUGGUGGGGGCUGUUAGCACUCUGUGGAGAGAUGGCAGGGAUGCAGAGGUGAAAGCAGGUGCACUGCGCAUCCUGCUUCACAUGCUGGAACGCCAUGGCGAGAAGCUGCACUCCACCUGGCCCACUGUCCUCCACCUCCUGAGGACGGUGGCAUCAACGAAUGACAAGGACCUAGUGGGUCUAGCCUUUCAGAGUGAGCUGGUGGUGGUCAACGACUGCCUCUCCUCCAUUCCGCCUCACACCCUUCAACUGUGUGUUGAGGUGGUGGGGGCGUUUGCGGGGCAGGUGGCGGAUGUGAACAUCUCUCUCACGUCCGUGGGUCUGCUGUGGACCAUGGCCGACUUCUUUGCACGCGGUCUGGACCACGCCACCACCACACACCGCACUGCCACCUUUUCCACGCUUCUCAGCCAGAGUGUUCUCCCGGCCUCCUCCUCCUCUUCCACUGCAGCACCCCCUCUCUCCUCCGCCUCCCCUGCCGCCUCUCUCCCUUGUUCGGAGCCACCAGCGGCGGCAACAGCCACAGCAGCCACGGCAUCGGCACUGAAGCUGCCAGCCUCAGCCACGCCGUCCACCUUCACUAGGAUCCAAAGAAAGCCGCCACACACACAUGGGGGGGGGAGAAAAGGGGGAGAGGGGGGUGAGGGGUUGGAUGGGGGAGUGGGGCAGGGGAGGGGAUCUGGCAGUGGGAGGGUGUUGGAUGAACGGAGCAGUGGGCUGCUGCUGGCGGUGUUGUGCGUGGUGGAAGCGAGGGCCAAGGACGGGCGGCCUGAGGUGCGCAACGCGGCCAUGCGCACACUCUUCCAGACGGUGGUCAGCCACGGCGCGAAGCUGCCCCCGCCCACCUGGCGGCGGUGCCUGUGGGAGCUCAUCUUCCCCCUCAUCGACUCCGUGCGCUCCCUUGCAGCCACGGCAUCUAGAGACGAGGCCCCAGGGACGGAGAUCGGGCGGCAGGGGGGGAGGAGUGUGAUGAUGCUGGUGCACCACAGCCGCAACACAGCACAGAAGCAGUGGGACGAGACGCUGGUCAUGGCGCUCAACGGGCUCGCCAGACUCAUUCGCGCCUUCUUCCCUCUGCUGCAUGCCAUGGACAACUUCCAGGAAGUGUGGGGCGCGCUGCUGCAGUUCGUGGAGGAGGGCGUGCUGGCAGGCAGUAGAGAAGUCAGUGCUGCUGCUGCCAGCACGCUGCAGACCAUCAUGCUCACACAUGCCACUAAGCAGGGCAACAUCCCGCGGCACUACUGGGAGAGCAGCAUGGACGCGUACGAGGUGCUGCUGCGCGAGAGCACGGCGCGCGACUCGUGUGUGGCCACGCGCACACGGCAGAAGCUGCUGGAGGACCUGGGUGAGAUCUACAGCAGCGCCAGCCUCGCCUUUGAGGACUCCGACUAUCUGCGCGUGCUCGCCUGCGUGGACGUCAUGGCCCGCUGCCCCGUGCUGCCCUCCGAACCCCCUCCCCUCGCUGGCACGCUGCCGCAGGUGCAGCGCACGGUGCUGGAGGUGCUGCCGCGCCUGCAGCCAUCGGCGCACGCGCAUCUGUGGCCCGCGCUGCUGCGCCAGUUGCUGGCAUACCUGCCCGGUGGGGACCGGCUGCUCUGCUCGCACUGCCGUGUGCCGCCGCGCUUCCUGUCCGAGGCCACGCAGCGCCACGCCCCCAAGGCCGCCCUGGCUCGCGCCGCAGGGGCUGUGGGGGGCACGAGGGGUAUCAGGUGCGAUGGUAGUGGGGAAGAGAGAGGAGGCGGAGGAGGAGAGGAUGGUGGGGGGGAUGUGGGCGAGGCAGACAGCGAGGGCGACGCUGGUCAGCAAGGGGCCAAUGGAGGGGCCACACACGCUGCCUCGAACAGCAUCAGCAGCACCAGUAGUAGCGGAACGACAUCAUUUGGCCUAUCUCUGGGCGGCAAGGUGCAGCUGUUUGCGCCGGCAGCGGUGUACGUGCCGACAUCAGGCAACCCCACGGGGUCGUUCAUGCUGAGCUACCCUGUGACGGCCCCAGGCGCCCUCUCCCCCGCGCUGCAGGACCGCGUGGUGGCGCUGCUGCUCGAGCUCUUUCUCAACGCGCCGCCUGAUGCCCGCGCCGCCGUCCUGCCUGACCUCAUUGCUGCGCUGGGCAGGUGCAUGCUGAUUCGCCGCCACUCGCCCGACCUUCAGCUGUGGCGCACCGCUGUUGCCACUCUCUCUGACGUCCUCAAACACGCCCUCCCUCCGGACCCCCCACUUGCAACACACAGCAGUCCUCUCUCUCCGUCAGACCCUCUCUCUCCUGUACACCCACACUCCCCCACUCACACCUCUCCCACCCACCAUCACAUCAAGCACCACCAAGAGUCACAAAUGGAGGGUAGCAGCAGCGGCAGCAGUGAAGGCGUGGGUGCUCGGCAGCGCAUGUGGUUUGAGCUGGCAGGGGUGGUGGAGCAGUUUGUGCUGGGCACGUGUGGCACGGCCAUGCUGCCACCGCCCACCCUCGCUGCACCAGAGCCCACAGCAGCAGCGCCCCCCGGCCAUUCCCCCAGGCGCUCCCCCAGGGUGGGGGGAGGGGAGAGCGCAGGGAGCAGCCCGAGGAAAAGAGGAGCCCCUGGUGGUGGCAGUCUCGGUGGCAGUGGGAGCGGGGCGGGGCGGGCACCAGGGGCAGGGGGAACAGCGGUGCCUGCUGUGAGAGGGGCAGGGGAGGCAGAGAGCAGCGAUUGGGGCACAGGUAGCAGCGGAGGGAGGGCAGGUGGUGGUGCGGGCAGCGGUGGGUGGGCAGCAGAGGCAGGGUCGGCAUGGGGCGUGGCGGAGCUGCUGACGCGGGAGGUGGUGGAGGCAGACGAGAUGCUGGAGGCGCUGUUCCUCGACACCCUCUGCACCCGCGUGCUCACACACUGCCAUGAUGCCCCCCAUGAGGUGCAGGAGCGGCUGGUGGCAGUGUUGGAUGCCUGUGCUGCCCGCACCUGCGCCGUGCCCCUGGCUGCUGCUGCAGCCCUGCCAGCCCACUGCGCACGCUUCUCCCUCGCCUGCCUCUCCCGCCUCUUCAUGCUCGCAGGGCAAGGCCGGCCGGAUGACAGCCUGGCAUCAUCGUCGGUGGCGGUGGGGCGGCUGGUGCUGCCCCGGUUGGUUGCGCGCUGCCGUACCAUUCUGCACCGCUUCACUGCCGACUCCAUCCAAGCAGGCUCAGCAGCCAUGCCGCCGGUGCGGCUGGCGGAGAUGCUGCUGCUGCUGCAGGAGUUGGUGCGCCUGGUGCUGCACCCCCUCGUGGCCGCUGCUGUGGACGUGCCCAUCGCGCCCAAGGCCAGUGCCGAGGCACAUGCCACAGCGCAGGGAGCAGCCGCUGGUGACGCGCUGUCAAGGGACACCCUAGAGAGGCCGUGGGAGAGGGACAGUGUGGCCGGUCGGUUUGUGGACAGCGAGGGGCGGCAGCUGGGGUGGCAGAGAGCACACCUGCUGCUGCUCUACUCGCCCCUCUGCGACCUCGUCUUUCUCAGAGAUGCAGACCUGUCCAACCUGUGUGCCAUCAUUUUCCGACUCAUAGGCAAUGAGUUGGGGCUGCUCAGACAGGCAGGCCCUCAGCAAUAGCAUCACACGCACUGGCUGCUACCAGCAGCAGGCUUGUGCCCACGCGCACUCGGCAGCAGCCAUCACAUUCAUCAGAAGCAGAUGUGUGCUCAUGUGGUGGUGGCGCCUGUUGUGCAUGGCCAUGUGCGCGCUGGUGCCUUCCACGUGCGCACCGUCACGAGCAGCAGGCAGGAUGAGUGAAAUCCAUGGAAUGGCCUUCAUACACAGCAAGUCAGUGCAGGUGCGAUGAGACAAGAAAGGAUGCAAGCUUUGGGCUCACGUGGAUGCCGAAGCAACAUGCAAAGUGACUUGCUAAUGUCUUGUGCAGCCCUGCUUAACACGAAAGAUGCUGUUGCAACACGACGAUCUUGCAGUGCCA